AUGAGCGCUGACGGAUACACCGAGGAGGAACGUGCGGCAGCGUAUUACGCCCAGCAGGGCUAUGAUGAGGCUACGAUUGCCCAGAUGAUGGGAGGGUCGUACGGAGCCGGCGCUUCGUCUUCCUCUGCGGCGGGUCCGUCCACCGGAACGGUACCCGGGUACGACAAAGAUGGAUACAAGAUCAAAACAACGAUCCCGGAGUCGGCGCAGAACGCACCCCUGCUGGAUGCCGACCUGUUGAAGACGACGUACAUGAAGCCGAUCAAGCCCGACGACCCGAAGAAGUCUGGAGGAAGCAGCAGCAGUAGCAAUCCGAACAAGAUCAAGUACAACACUCCCGGGAAGCGAGAAACCGUUGUGCGCAAGGAGUGGUACCGGUUGUUUGUCGGUGACGUGUCGAACGAUGUGAGCGAGCGUACGCUGGACGAGGCGUUCAACAAGUAUCCGUCGUACUGCAAGUGCAAGGUUGUGCGCGAUCGUCUCAGUCAGAAGUACGGUUUCAUUGCCUUCAAGGACCCGGAGGAUUUCCUGCGCGCUUGGAAGGAGAUGGACGGCAAAUACGUCGGCAACCGCCCGAUUCGCCUCACCAAGAUCAAGGAGGACAAGUACGGAACGACGUCCAAGCAGACGAUCAGCGCCCGAAAGGCCAAGGAGCUGGACAAGCUGCGGCGCAACAGGGGCAAGCCUCUGGACGGUCGCCCGACGCCGUGGAAUUGCACAGCCACUGGGGUCUCGAGGGCCGAACCUGGACUCGCCAUUCUUGUCGGCGUCGACCGCGUUCGCACAAGGCCGGUGGCCGGCGGUGAUGCAAGCAGAGCGACGUACGAGGGCGGCUGGCUAGUAGAGAGUGGUGCCAUCGCCAUCGGCCGUGUCGCACCCAGUACGGGUGGGGUGGAGGGUGAUAACGGGUCAAUCAAGACGCGAGUCGAGGCUGGCUGGGCAGGUGGCCACAUGGCCACUCUGGUCCCUGAACCACCCAAAUCUACUCAUCGCACCCACCACUACUACACCGACGCGCGCUGCUCUGCUGUAGCGACACCACUCGCCAUCCUCGGCCCCGCCAAUUUUGAAAGCAAGUCUUUCCCAACAAGCUACGCUGGCAAACACCUGGCACCACCUCGCUUGGCCCCCAAUCACCUCCCCCCUCCUCCUUUAACCUUCCUACCGCCUCCCCUCCCGCCUUCUACUCUCACCAUGCCCGCUACUUCCUCCUUCAAGACUCCGUCUUCGCCUGCGCGUGCGCGUUCCGUCUCCCAGCCUCUCCGCGAAGGCGUCGACGACGUCUACCGUCACAUCGGGGAAGCUAAUUCGCCUCGCAACUCGUUCCAGCGCUCCAUCUCCUCGCACCCUACCGUUGGCGCCCAUGGUCGCAGGGAUUCCAACUCCGGCCCUCUCCAGGCUCCCAAGACCGGCCGCACCCGUUCAGGAUCCCUCGUCACCGUUACUGAGGUCGGCGGCGACGAGCCCGACAACGUCAACGACAGGCUUGGCAUUACGAACCACAACGCUGCUUGGGUCAACGCUCCUGGUGCAUGGGUUAUCCACCCCGUGCUUAUCCUUGGUGCCAAGGUACUGAUCGAUGCUAUCCCCGGUAUGACGCAGGACGUGUCGUGGACGAUUGUGAACCUCGGAUACAUGGCUCUGUCGUUCCUCAUGUUCCACCACGUCACCGGUAUCCCCUUCGAGUCGAACAUGUCGACGGGAGGAGCCUACGACGACCUGACGCUGUGGGAGCAGAUUGACCAGGGUGCUCAGUAUACGCCUGCGAAGAAGUGGCUCACGAGUGUGCCGAUCGGACUGCUCAAGGCUCGCGAGGGCGGCUCGCGGGCUCGCGCGACCGGUCCACGUCCAAAAUCUACCGGUUGGUCCGAUCUCCAUCCAACUACGGCCCCAAGCCAACCGGACCGGACAACCGAGGCAAUCGACACCAACACUGAACCAACACUGACAUGCAGUUUCCUCAUCUCAACGCACUACACGCGGUACGACUACACGCUGUUUGCGCUCAACUUUGCCGCGCUCAUCUUCGUCCUCUUCCCGAAGCUGCCCCUGCUGCACCGCCUGCGCUUCCACUUCCUCAACUUUGAUGGCGGGCCCACGCCCGCCCCGUCGCGUCCUGCCUCGCCCGGUCCGAGCAAGCAGCAAUAA